AUGUCUUCUCAAGGAUGUGAUCAUAAGGGUUAUGGCAUCCACUUUUUCAAGGUUAUUCUUGAAAGCAACAUUCGAAAUGGAGAGCUGAGAGUGCCAAGAAGUUUUGUGAGGAGAUAUUGGCAAGCAAUAUCAAACCCUGUUUGUCUAAGGCUUCCAAAUAGCAUUGAAUGGAAAGUUUAUUGGAUGAAACGUGAUGGUGAUGUUUGGUUUCGCAAUGGUUGGAAAGAAUUUGCACAAUACUUGUCUUUGGAUGUGUCACAGUUUGUGGUGUUUCGUUAUGAAGAAAAUUCUCACUUUAAUGUGAUUAUAUUUGAUAAGAGUGCUUUAGAAAUAAAAUACCCUUCUAGAGUUGCUGAUGAAAAAAGUGAAGAGGUUGAUGAGAGUGAUUAUUCUUUGAAAAUUCUUGAGGAUUGUUCACCAUUCGAGGUUAAAAGGGAAAAAUCUCCAUCUUCUCGAACUCGUAAGAAGAUGAAAAUCAACCCAAAAGAAGAACAAGCUGAUGCAGGUUUUGAUAAUACUAAUAAACACAUGGACAGUGGUAGUACAAGAGAUCUUAAGAAGAGAAUCAGAACUUUUCACGAGAAAGUGAAGAGGAAUUUCCGCUCUGAGAAUGAUUUUUUCACUUGUGCAAUCCAGAAAACAAGCACAGAAAGAGAUAGCUUGAUCAUACCAAACGAAUUUUCUAAAUCAAAGCUUCAAAGAAAGGAAGGAAAUGCUACCCUUUUUGUUAACAAGGAAAGGACAUGGAAUGUCGAAUUGAAGCUCUUUCACAAUGGACAAUUAUCAGUUACCCGUGGUUGGAAGAAAUUUUUCUUGGACAAUAAUUUGAAAUUGGGUGAUGUUUGUGCAUUUGUGCUAAACAAAGGCAAAGGAGUUUCAUUCAAAGUUGUUAUUUUUGCUCUUGAAGAGGACUCAAGCACUCUACUCUUUAAAGACAAAGAGGGGCUUUCUCAUAAGCCUUCUUCAUUUCUUAAAACUCCUGAAACUCCUCAAACUAACAGAAGAUUAAUGUUGAAGAAUGACUUCAUCUUCUACGUCAAGCCUCCAUUGCAUAUUGCGACAAUACCAAUCAACUUCGUUCGGAGUAACCUUACACAUGGAAGAUAUGCAACCUUGCAAGUUGGGAAGAGAUCAUGGUCUGUAAAAGUGCUCUAUUAUGAAUAUACUUCCUGUGUUAAAUUCUCUCGAGGUUGGCAUGAUUUUGUGAGGGAUUGUAACUUGAAAGUUGGUGAUGCUUGUCACUGUAAGAUGAUAGAUGAAGAAAAUUUUGUGCUUCAAGUUUCAAUUUCAAGACGCACCUGUUAA